AUGAUGGACAAAGAUAGCAAGAUUGUAAUUAUCGGAGCUGGAAUAUUUGGCCUCUCAACGGCCUACCAGCUCGCGUCCGAGGGCUAUCGGAACGUGGUCGUUCUCGACCGACAUAUGCCACCGGUCCCAGAUGGAUCUAGCUCUGAUAUUUCCCGAGUCAUUCGAUUCGAUUAUGCGGACGACGACUACCUGGAGCUUGCAUACGAAGCCUACUUGGAAUGGAGAGACUCACCGAGGUACAAGGGCAUUUUCUUUCCGGCCGAAUACGUCUUGGUUGGCAAAACGAGCCCCUACUGGAUUACGAAAACAACGGCUGCGCUUGAUAAAGAGAGCUUGCCUUGGACCAAGCUUGAAAGUGUGGCUUCAACAAAGGAGCAGUUCCCUGUGCUGACUGGAGACCUCGCAAAUCCUGGGUUCUUUGGACAUAACAACCAUCAAGCUGGCUGGGCAGAUGCCGCGAAGGCUGUUAGCCAGCUCCGGGAUGACUGCUUUGAGCUCGGUGUAUCAUUCAUUUGCGGUCGUGGAGGGACCAUAUUUGGACUCGAAACCGACUCCCAGAAGGCCAUCAAAUAUGCUAAAACCCUCGCUGGCACCCGGGUUGAGGGUGACCACUUUGUGCUGUCAACCGGAGCCUGGGCCUCUGGCUUGGUUCCUAUGUACAACUCAACUCUGUCAACCGCGCAAGUGCUGGGAUACGUUCGGCUGACGUCUUCUGAGAUGGAGAAGUACAAGAAUCUGCCUAUCUAUUCAAACUUCUCAACUGGGUGGUUUAACUUCCCCCCACAUGAAGACACCCGGACAUUAAAGAUGGCAAUUCACGGAUGGGGGUACACCCGUACCCCAACCCCAGAAGACUGCAAUACUAUUCCAUCGAAUAUUUCCUCGCCGCCUUUGAUCCCUCCCCGCGAGCGUCGCAACUUUUUCCCGGCGGAUGGGGAGGUCCGUCUCAGACAGGGCCUACGAGAGAUACUUCCGGAGCUGGGUGAUCGGCCUUUCGAGAAGCUAGCUAUGUGCUUGUAUACGGACACGCCAACUGGGAAUUUCGUCAUGGAUUACCACCCUGACUAUGCUAAUCUGUUUAUUGGAGGUGCGGGUAGUGGACACGCAUUCAAGUUCUUGCCAAUCCUGGGAAACUACAUGUCGCUGGCUCUCAAAAAGCGCCUGCCAUCAAAGCUGGCCCAGAAGUGGCGAUUUCGAAAAGAAUACGAAGUUCAGAAUGAUACAUUCAAAGGAGAUGGAAGCCGUGGAGGACCGAUCAGACGGGAAUUGGGACCCCAGGAGAGAGCUAAGCUCUAG